CCGUCGAUGAGAAUCCAAGAAUAUCGUUACAGGAUACUGGUUUUUGGAGAAAUGUCUACAGCAGAAACCGGUGACACAAUUUUAGAUGAAGCAACUUCAUACCAAACGUGGAUUUAUUAUGAAGAAACAGACUCUUGGAAAAUGAUUGCUAGUGUUGCCCAUGGCCUUCCAUCGAAUACCUGGUUACGUCUGGUGACAAUUUGUAGUUCACACGCCAUCAUUCUGUCUCCUGAUGCUAUCAACAGCACUUGGAUAUUUGUGUUCGAACAACUGAUAUGGAAACGAGUCGCGAUUGUGGGCGAUGGGCCAAGUUGGACAGAUAUUCGUUAUGACAUUUACGCAGUGUCCGUGGAAAGCGAACAUUCUUUGUGCUCCUGUAGUCAGGAUGUUUUCGUUUUUCACGCUAUUGGCGAUAGAAAUCAUUUUGCGGGCUACAGACUGAGCUGUGUGAUAGAACAGACAACAUAUCGUUGGGAGAAAGUAGGAAACUACACAAUUCCUUUCCUUGAUGGUGUAUAUUUGGUUGAUGGUUGGUCAGGAAAGACAACAGUUUUGGCUUUAGUUGACGAAUGCAUUUGGGAAUAUUCCGUAAAGAAAUCAAUUUGGAAUAAAACGAAACUCUGCAUUCCAUAUGAUAUUUGGCCGAAUAUUGCUAACAAAAAUCAUAAGGAUGUUCAUUUUGUUAAUGAUACCACAGAGAUUCUUUGUAUAAAUAUUGGUGAACGUGUAGUUAUUAGGCUGUCUGUCUCUAAUGGGGACGCUUUUGUCGACCAGAUAUAUGGAGAUGAUUUCGAACAGCUGUUGCCUUUGUCUCCAUAUUUAAUAGAAGCUAGAAAAUAUGUUGUACGAGUUGCCGGUCAGGGUGUUAAGUAUUCCAUCCUUACAGAAGUUUGUGGUACAAGUACUUGGAGUCUUCAGAGACGAAGUAUGACGGGAGAACAGUCGUGGCAUCUUGAUAGAAUGGACCAUACCCUUCUAAUUCCAUCAAAAUACGAAUUGCAGUCUUUGUGGAGAGACACAUAUUACCGGAUUGUCUUUCCGCCCCAAGAUGUAAGGUCUGUGCCACUAGCCAUGUGGUCAAUGAACUUGGGCACGAAGCGAUGGCAAGUGGAGGGAUAUCUCAACAUUACAGACAUAAAUAUAGCCGAAGAAGUAAUGGCGCAAGUGAUUAGCGUGCACAUGCUGGAAAAUGUGUGGUUGGUGAUGUCAUCCAGGUACACAAUGUUGAUCGCGUCUAGAGAUCACAUACGACUAGUGAAAAGUCCUAGGCCUUCUAGAUAUGGUUUUACAGUCGUCACUAUCAACUCGACGUCAGCGUUGCUGUUUGGAGGUUGGAAUGAAAACCACAAGUUUAAUGAUCUUUGGCAAUUUUCUCUUACAAGUAGAAUUUGGAAGAAAGUGAAAAUGAUCGAGAGUAGUGGGUCCGGUUACAUCGGACCCAUUACUGACGAGGAAGCAGAAAGCGUCCCCUCACCUCGAUAUAAUCAUGCUGCUGCAGUUAUAGGAGUCGAAAUGUUUGUUUUUGGCGGAUAUGACGAAGAUGGUCAUUCGAACUUAGAAUUGUGGAGAUAUAACAUGAUUAACAAUUCGUGGAGAUAUUUAGAACCAACCAACCAAAUUUCACAUUUUACUUCUAUUAAUGGAAGUGAGUGCUAUUUUGUGGCGACCGCUCAAAGUGAAACGCUAUGGAUUGUGUCUAGGUGUCCUUUCUUUAUUAAAACCCUGAAACCCAAUGCCAACGUAUAUAUCCGUUUGUGGAUGUUUAUUGUUCACUUGCAAACUUGGAAUUUCGUCGCACAUGAAAAACUAGAAAAUUUGCCGGACAACUAUUUCUAUUCAUCUUUGCAUUUCUGGCGAGGAUAUCUAAUAAGUCUAGAGUCUUCUAGUUUACUUUACAUCAAGGCUGGAUGUCCUGAAGGACUAGGAUCGAGCAACAUUUCUCGUUUUCCCUGCGACGUCUGCAAAGUAGGAUUUUACUCUGAUGUAGAGACGAAAGAGUGCCGCAAAUGUCCAAACGGAACGACGACGAGACAAGAGCGUUCGUCGAGGCUGACCGAAUGCAAUGUUUGUGUCACCGGUUACUGUCGUCAUGGAAGAUGUCUGGUGGUGAGCGACAGGCUAACGCAAGUUCCCGUCUGUUCGUGUACCAUCGGAUUCACUGGUUCUCACUGUCAAGACGCAACAUAUUAUUACAUUGGAACGGGGGUUAUUCUUGUUAUAGGUAUUAUUACUUUACUCGUUGUUGUAUUACGGCGCAUCAUCAAGAAACGAAGAGAACGAGAAACGGCUUUCCGUCGUCAAAUACAAAUUUUGAACGAUGCGUGGCAGAUCAGUUGGCAAGAAAUAGAACUGCAAGACGAAAUAGGAGGAGGAGCUUCGGGAAGAGUGUGGAAAGCGCAAUACCGUAAUGUAGACGUUGCUGUAAAAAUGCUGAUUAACAAUGAUGAAUCACAAUCGUCAUUGGAAUUUGCAGGAGAAAUUAAGUUUAUGCAAACGAUGCGUCAUCGAAAUAUUGUACUUUUCAUCGGAGCCGGUAAAACGAGUCCACAAGCACAACCGUUUCUUGUCGUCGAGUUUGCGCAUAGAGGUUCAUUACGUCACGUACUGGAUGACGUCAGUAUUGAAAUAGAUCAAAAUCGUAAAAUAGAUUUUGCUCUAGACGCUUCCAAAGGAAUGGAGUUUCUUCACAAAUUGAACCCGCCCAGAAUCCAUCGAGAUCUGAAAAGUGAGAAUUUACUCGUUUGCAAGAGUUGGAUUGUCAAAGUGGCUGAUUUUGGUCUUGGAAGACUCUUUAGUGGGGCACAGAAGAACCGACGAUCAAAUCGAAACAAUGCAUUGAGCAGCACGAAUUCGGGAAACGAGCUUCUAGUUGAAAUGAGAGAUUUGUCUGAAGAUGGUAUCGGGACAGUGAGAUGGAGUGCACCAGAGUUAGCACGACGAGAGAGCUACGAUGGAUCCAUCGAUGUCUACAGUUUUGGAAUUGUGCUUUGGGAGAUUUGGUCACGUGGCUUUCCUUUCGAGCAGUAUCGGUUUGCUCACGAAGUCGACGACGCGGUAGAAAGAGACGAGCGUCCCGUCGUUCCGUGCGAUUGCCCGGAAGGGUAUGCAAGCGUAAUGCAAGCUUGCUGGACAGGAAGAGCUCGGAAACGACCGUCGUUUAGCGAAGUUGUCAGCUGUCUGGAAAGCAUUCAUGUGGAAGAUGCAUGUUAGAGUGACUACACGAGAGUUUUGAAUUUUGGCCAAUUGUUACUACUAGUCUAGUGACGCUUAGCUGCUAUGUAGAGGUAUUACAGCAGAUUAGAUUGCUAUAGCAUACGAUAUUAGAAUUGGUAGUUUUAGUCGAAAAAUUGUUAUUUACUGUGUAGAAUACAGUUGUCUAGACAAAUGAACAUGGUUAUUCAGCGCAUGUUAAGUGAAAUUUUUCUUAAAUUUUGUGUGUUUGUUUUGAUUAAACUUCUUUCAAUUAAUCACG